AUGUCGUCGCAACCGGAUAUCAAUGCUCUGCUGCACAACAUGUGUGCGCAGAUUCAGGCGUUGACAGGCCAGCUCGCCGAGAUUCAGGCUGCCCCAGCAGCAGAACCUACGGUUGAGCAAAAGUUUAACAAAAAGGUCGAGAUCGUCGCUGACCCCGGCACUUUCAAAGGAGAUAGGGCUCGAUUUGCCAAAUGGUGGAUCAAGCUCCAAAUUUGGAUCAAAGCGAACUGGGACAUGUUCGCAGAUGAUUUUGAAAUAGCGACAGCUGUGCUGUCUCGACUAAAAGGACCUGUGGCGGGUCAAUGCGCCCAAGUUAGAAUGCAGGAGUGCUACACUGCGGGAGUGUGGCCCACCUGGGACGAUCUCAAGGUAGAGAUUGAAAAAUAUUUUCAACCACAAGCUGAGCAUGACUGGGCGCGUCAGCAAAUCCGUUGUCGAUGA